UGUAAGUUUAUAAACAUUGUGAAGUGUAUUUGAGUGCAAGGUCCGUGCGCGUGUUGACAUUUUAAUGUGUUAGUUUGGUAACCCUGGCCAUUACGGGUGGAAUACAACGACAUUUCAUUAGAAUACUUUAAUAAGCUGUUUCUUUGAGUCUGACAAUUCGUUCCGUUUACAAUAAGAGCUCAUGAGACAUUGUAACUAUCUUAGACAACGUAAAGUCAAACUUUGAGGUAUGGCUCUGGUAUUAAAGGAGAACUUCGGUGAAGUACCUGGAGAAGGACAUGUGGAGAAGUGGACCCUAAUAUCUUCCAACGUCACCGUGGAAAUCAUAACACUAGGAUGCAUCAUAACAGCCAUCAAAUGUAAAGAUAAGAAUGGAGACGUAAAUGAUGUCGUUUUGGGUUAUGAUGAUCUUCAGGACUAUCUGGCCAACCCCCGGUACUUUGGUGCUGUUGUCGGUCGGGUAGCCAAUAGGAUUGCUAAAGGCAGAUUUGUGGUAGAUGGCAAAGAGUAUAAACUGGCCAUCAAUAAUGGACCAAAUGCUCUCCACGGAGGACUAAGGGGCUUCAGCAAGGUGAUAUGGACGAGUGAGGGUGUGGAAGGAGGAGUUCGUCUGACUCUCACUAGCCCAGACGGUGACCAGGGUUACCCAGGGGAGGUUCAGGCCUCUGUCACAUACACCCUGGAUGGGGACACACUGAGCAUCCAGUACCAGGCCCGUACAACUAAAACCACUCCCAUUAACCUCACCAACCACUCCUACUUUAACCUGGCUGGACAGGGCUCGGAUGACAUAUAUGACCAUGAAGUCUCCAUCAGUGCCCAAGCAUAUCUGCCUGUGGAUGACAACAUGAUUCCAACUGGAGAGGUCAAACCAACGGAAAAUACACCCUUUGACCUCCGGGGGCCCGUUCUGAUUGGCCAACGUUUGAAGGAAGUACCUGGGCCUGGUUUUGACCAUAACUUCUGUCUGUCUUCAGCUGGGGAUGAGCGAGUGUGUGCAAGAGUGUUUCAUCCAGCAAGUGGGCGUAGUCUGGAGGUCAGCACCACCCAGCCCGGCGUCCAAUUCUACACAGCCAAUUUCCUGGAUGGCUCUUUCAAAGGGAAGGGGGGGGCCUCCUACCCUAAACACAGUGCCUUCUGCCUGGAGACACAGAACUGGCCCGAUGCUGUUAACCAGGCCUCCUUCCCCGACACCUUGCUGAGACCAGGGGAGGAGUACCGUCACAUCACCCGCUUCGUCUUCUCCACAGCCUGAUGAUGAGGCCCGUGUCUGCCUCCUGCUGUGGCCGACAAGUCAGAAGCCUGACCCCUGAUGAUGAGCGGGUCCUUUGUGAAAGGAGGGACAACGGAAAACAACGUCUAAAAUCCGAGGGAUGAUUUUGAAAAAGAGUUGGACAGGUGAUAAUGUUACAUGGUAAAUAAAAUGUAAAUGAUGACGAUGAGUGGCUCCAUAUUAAUGGAAGUUGACUAACAUUGGGAUUUAAUUAAGCAUGGCGAUUUCAACUAGAUUCAUGUGGCAUUAAGUUUGAGUUUUUCAAAUUAGGCACUACAUAGUACUUUUAACCCAACCUAAUUAUACUUGCAUACAUUUUUCACUAUGGUUCUUUUGUGCUGUUACUUGUGUGUAUUAUCCCUGGAGUGUAUUCAUUUAGUGUCUCAUUGAUAUUCACUCGAAUGAUUAUGGGACUCAUGUUAAAUGCAAUUUAAUGAAAACAACCAUUCAAUUACCACUUCAACGUUAAUGUGUUUCUAGUCAUUGAACAUUCAAGACAUUAGAUUUGUGGGACGCUUAUGUUCUUUUCUUUGCUUUCUACUUUUGUGUACCUCUGGCCAUUGUUUCCUCUGGCCUUUAUUUAGUCCAGAUUUCUGACUUCACGAUGAACGCUCUUAAGAGGGGGGAAAUGGGAGUGUACUAAGACGUUACAACUAGAAUGCACUUCGAAGCAUUGGUGUAACAUGUAAUGAUAUCAUUGAGUUCUUUGUGUUGCAAUUCCAUUAACGCCUGAACUGAAUGUGUUUGAAUGGAUCCAUAUAAUAUUACAUGAACUUAUUCCUGUUGUUUCCUACCCAAAAAGUCCUCAAUAUGUUUCACACAGCUGAAUGGAAGGACCUUCCCAUGCCGCCGUUUGGGCCACUAAAUAAAUAGUGCUUUUGACUUUGAGUUAAUUGA